AUGUAAAUAAAGUCUAAGUUCAGAUUCUUUGAUAUUGCUGCAAACCUUACGGAUGAUUAAUUUUAUGGAAUGUAUCAUCAUAAGAAAUACCAUUAACCUGAUUAUAAAGAUGUAAUGAAAAGAGCCUCUGAUAUUGGUUGUGAACAUCUAUUAAUCGCAAGUGGAUGUUUGGGUGAUUUGAAAAAGGCAAGAGAAUUAUGUCAAGUGAGUCCACACUAUUAUACUACAGCAGGUAUACAUCCCUGUCGUGCAGCUGAACUUAAUUAAAACUAAUAAGGGUAUAUGGAAGAAUUGAGGGAUCAAUUAGAAUUGGCACUUAAAGAAAAAAAGUUAGUGGCCAUUGGUGAAUGUGGAUUAGAUUAUGAUAGAUUGGAAUGGUCAACAAAGGAAGAAUAAAUGAUCGCUUUUGAACCUCAUUUUGAAUUGGCUGAAAAAUAUAAAUUACCUAUGUACCUCCACAAUAGGAAUACAGGAGAUGAUUUUUACAACAUUGUUUAGAAGAAUAGACAUCGAAUAGUUGGCGGAGUUGUGCAUUCAUUUACUGGACCUUUGGAUGAGUUGUAAAAGAUUUUACACUUGGAUCUCUAUGUUGGAGUCAAUGGUUGUUCUCUAAAGUCUUAGGAAAAUAUUGAUGUUGCAAAACAAAUCCCUUUGGAUAAAUUACUGUUAGAGACUGAUUCACCAUAUUGUGAAAUUAGAAAUACCCACGCUUCUAGCAAACUUGUUAAAACUUAAUUCUAGGCUCAGAAACAUGAAAAAUGGAAAGAGGGACAAUUAAUUAAGAGUAGAAAUGAACCUUGUAAAAUAAUCUAAGUACUUGAAGUGAUGUCCGAAUUAUUGAAAAUAGAUUAGGAGAAAUUGUCAGAAAUCUGCUUUUAAAAUUCUUUAAAGUGUUUUGGGUUAGUAUGA